AUGCCACCUCCUUCAGAAAUAUUUGAGCCAAUAGUGCCAACGUAUGAGCCUGGCGAGGUCCCUCUAAAAUUGUCACAACUAAAAGUCAAUGGCAACAAACUCAAUGGAAAUGGGCAUGCCAAUGGAACCACUGGUCAUGAGCACAUAAGCUCGGAUGAGAUUUGCAGUCCUGAAUACCGAAUACCCUCCGAUUCUCUGGAAAAAUGGAAAGACGAAGUCCAAAAUAUCACAGAAAGGUGUGAUUUGAGUGGAUUGAGCCGAGAGCCUGUGAGGUAUCAACUGGCUUCCACCGGCAUGGACGGAGAAGCUCUAUCUAUGAAGAAUCAGUCCAUUGACGUCUCGGGCAGACUUUUUGGGGCAAUCAAGUCUGCAUUUGUAAAGAGCAAGGUCUCGCAGGAGUUGAUACUGCUAUUUGCAGUCCAUCAGAUGCUCAAAGGGUUUGGCAAUGGCUCUCAUACAGUAACGGCGUCGUUUGUCGAGCAGACUAAUCCUGCGAAGCCCGUGUGGACUGUGCUGCCAACCAUCGCAAAUCAUGAGAACCAAGAAAGCAGACAUGUUUCAGCAGCAAUUGCGGACAUGAAGGAACGCUCACAGCCUGAUGACCAUCCUGAUGGCGCGACGGUAGUCCCAAGUGAACUGGUCAGACAAGAACUUCUGGAUCUCAUUGUUGUAUUCAGCAAAACGCAAAAGACAGCACCUUCGAUAGGUUCAAUAGCUUUCCCUCUCGUACUGCAAGUCAACAUGGCAGGUUCCUGCUGGAAACUUACCAUGAUGUACGCCGAGAGUCUCUUCGAUGCCAUGGUGGUGGAUAGUUUCUUGAGCGCAUUGUCCACACUAUUACGUGCAUCAACUGAGCCGACUUUGCUUUUGGGGGAUAUUGAACUCCUUCCACAAGACCAAGUCAACCAGAUGGAAGUGUGGAACAACACAGAUGGCGAAUACCCUUCCACGAAAAGACUGCACCAUUUGGUUGAAGAGGCAGCCGAGCGUUAUCCAGAGAGAGUUGCAUUAAUUUGCGGCGAAAAGCGAAUCACGUACAAGGAACUAAACGCACAAGCAAACAAGUUGGCAAACUACAUUUGCUCAAAGUCAAUCCAACCGGAGCAACUCAUUGGCUUAUUCUUGGACAAGAGCGAGAUGAUGAUUGAGACAAUCCUUGGAGUUUGGAAAUCGGGCGCAGCUCAUGUUCCCAUUGACCCUGCGUAUCCUAAUGAGAGAGUACAAUUUGUACUUGAUGAUGUGAAAACGAAGUAUAUAAUCGCGAGCGAGCGACACAUUUGCCGACUGCGCAAUGAGAUCCUUGAACAUCGGCAGAUUGAGAUCAUUCCACUUGAGUCGACAAUGCGCCGCCUUGCAGAGCAACCACUGGCCGAAACAUUUAUUCAUCUGAGUAAUCGUGCAUUGACUAGCAAGCAGCUCGCGUACGUAACUUACACGUCUGGGACUACGGGAUUCCCAAAAGGAAUUUACAAGGAACACACGAGCGUGGUUAACAGCAUCACUGAUCUGUCGACCAAGUAUGGAGUUACUGGAAAUGACGACGAAGUCAUAUUGCUAUUUUCUGCAUAUGUCUUUGAGCCUUUUGUACGCCAGAUGCUCAUGGCGCUGACAACGGGAAACCAGCUCGCUAUUAUUGGCGAUGAAGACAAAUUUGACCCAAACACCUUAUUACCGUACAUUCGCAAACACAAGGUUACAUACAUAAAUGGAACCGCCUCCGUUCUGCAGGAGUACGACUUCACUACUUGUCGAACCUUGAAGCGGAUAAUCUUGGUCGGCGAGAACCUCACAGAUUCGCGCUACGGUGCACUGAGACGGCGUUUUAAAGGCAGAAUAUUUAACGAGUAUGGCUUCACAGAGUCAGCAUUCGUCACAGCGCUGAAAAUAUUCGAACCUGAAUCACAGCGACUCGACAUGAGUCUAGGAAGACCAGUUCGCAACGUCAAAUGCUACAUAUUGGACGCGAAUUUGAAGCGGGUGCCACUUGGUGUUUCGGGAGAAUUACACAUUGGCGGUCUGGGUAUCUCUAGAGGCUACAUGAAUCGAGAAGAGUUGACGCGAAAGAAGUUUCUGCCAAACCCUUAUCAAACGCUCAGAGAGAGAGAGCUCGGGGUUAAUGGGUUGUUGUACAAGACUGGUGACUUGGCACGCUGGCUUCCUAGUGGCGAGGUUGAGUACUUGGGCCGCAUUGACUUCCAGAUUAAACUGCGAGGUAUUCGAAUUGAACCAGGAGAGAUUGAAUCAACACUAGCCUUGUACCCUGGCGUUCGGACCAGUAUAGUUGUUUCUAAGAAGCUGCUCAGUUCGGGUCGCGAAACCUCCCAAGAUCAUCUAGUGGGAUACUUUGUCUGCGAUGAAAAGACCCUCUCAGAGAAUGAGUUGCUUUCCUUCCUUGAGAAGAAGCUACCACGAUACAUGGUACCUACCCGUUUGGUUCAGCUGCCAAAUAUUCCUGUUACAAUUAAUGGCAAGGCCGAUCUCAGAGCGCUUCCGAUUGUUGACGUGGCUGUCCCUGCGUCACAUCAUACCAAACGCAGAGAUAGACUAGAUGAGAAACUGGCCGCGAUUUGGGAUGACGUGCUAGGAGUAUCUGCAGAAACCAUGGGCCUCGAGCAAAACUUCUUCCGCUUAGGUGGCCAUAGCAUCACCUGCAUUCAGCUGAUUGCUCGUGUAAGAAAGCAUCUUGGCGUGGGAAUUAGCAUUGAGGAAGUUUUCGAAACGCGGACUCUGCAAGCCAUGGCGGACUUAUUGCGAUUGAAGACCCAGGAGAAUGGAGUUUUGGUAAAUGGCGAUAGACAUGACAUUUCGCAGUUCAUUGAGCACGUAGAGACGAAUGGCCUGACCGAGGCCCGUUAUAUGGCCAAUAGUUUACAGCAGGGAUUUGUUUACCAUUCCUUGAAAUCACAGCAGACGGACGCUUAUAUCAUGCAAUCCGUUUUGGAGUACGGAUUAUCUCUAAACGAAGAGUUGUAUCGUGCGGCAUGGGAGCAUGUUCACCGAGAAUAUCCGGCAUUGAGAAUCCGUUUCGCCUGGGAAACAGACGUAAUGCAGGUAGUUGAUCCAGAAGCUAAGCUUGACUGGAGAGUCAUUGAUGGCACGAAUUUACAGAGCGAAGGGAGCCGGCGGCAACUCCUUGAUGAAAAACUUCGCGGAGAUCACGCAGAAGGUUAUCAUCUCAACAUGGGAUGCUUGAUGAGAGUAUACUUUAUUCAAAUGCGUGGUGAGAAGUCUAUGGGUAUAUUCAGCUGCCAUCACUCAAUUCUCGAUGGUUGGAGCUUGCCCUUGCUCUUUGACCAUGUCCAUGAAACGUAUCUCUCUUUGACGAAUGGAGUCAAACCCCACACAGACGAAGAGUCUGCCUAUUUGGAUGCUCAAACUUAUCUUCAAGGCCACCGUGAUGACCAUUUGGAGUUUUGGGCCAAGCAAAUUGACCAGGUUGAAGAACGAUGUGACUUGAAUGCCCUGCUCAACGAGGCAAGUCGGUACAAAGUGCCUCUUGGCGACUAUGAUCAAAUACAAGAGCAGAAGCAACGGAGUAUUUUCUUGCCGCGGAAUGCGUCCAUGGUCAAACUGCUGGAACAAUGCUCCGCUAUGGGCAUCACUCUUCACUCCAUCUUACAGUUGAUCUGGCAUCUUGUCCUUCAUGCGUACGGAGGCGGAAGCCACACCAUCACUGGUACAACUAUCUCUGGUCGCAAUCUACCAAUUGAAGGAAUUGAGCGUUCCAUCGGCUUGUUUAUUAACACUCUACCUCUUAUUCUCGACCACACACGGUACAGAGACUUGUCGGCCCUGGAUGCCAUUUCCCUAGUACAAAGUCAGGUGAAUGCGAUGAACUCAAGGGGUAACGUCGAAUUAGGUCGACUACGCAAAGACGACCUAAAGCAUGGUCUUUUUGAUACGUUAUUUGUAUUGGAGAACUAUCCAAACCUGGAUGAGUCACGAAGAGAACAACACAAAGCGUUGCUGAAGUAUCGCAUUGUGGGCGGAACAGAGAAGCUCAGCUAUCCAUUAGCUGUAGUUGCGCAAGAGGUCGACGACAAAGGAUGCGAUUUUACAAUUUGUUAUGCUAGCGAGCUGUUCGGCGAUGAUACGAUCCAAGUUUUACUGCAGACUGUGCAUGAUACACUGGAAAAUAUCGCCCGCGAUGCUCACGCACCAAUUCGAGAUAUUGAAUAUCUGUCGAUAGACCAGUUGAAGCAGCUGGAUAAGUGGAACUCUACAAGUGACGAGUUUCCCAGUGGUACAUUGCAUUCACUGUUUGAGACAGAGGCACAGCAGAAGCCAAGCAAGACAGCAGUCAUUUAUGAACAUCGGAAGCUCACGUACCACGAGUUGAAUUGCAGAUCGAAUUCACUAGCUUACCAUCUGCUGGCAAAGGCUCCGAUCAAGCCUAAUAAGCUAGUGGCCUUGGUCAUCGAGAAGAGCGAGCAUUUGAUCACCAGUAUUCUUGCUGUCUGGAAAUCUGGCGGCGCAUAUGUCCCAAUUGAUCCCAGCUAUCCAGAUGACCGCAUCAAAUAUAUCUUGGAUGACACCUCCGCCUUGGCAAUUAUUGCAGAUGAGAAGUACUUGGACCGCUUGGCUAGCAUCUCCGAGGGCAACUCAAUACCUAUCAUUUCUUCUGAAACGGGUGCAAAAUUGCCACCGAGUCCAACCCAUCCGGUUACGUCUUGUACCGCGAUGGAUCUCGCGUAUGUCAUGUACACCUCUGGCACGACUGGGCGACCUAAAGGUGUGAUGGUAGAACACCAUGGCGUUGUCAACCUUGCUGUCUCUCUAAGCAAGAUCUUCGGACUCAGAGAUACGGUUGACGAAGUCAUACUCUCCUUUUCCAAUUACGUUUUCGACCACUUUGUCGAGCAAAUGACGGACGCUUUGCUCAAUGGCCAAACCCUACUUGUGCUUAACGAUGAGAUGCGAGGGGACAAGGAACGACUGUAUCAAUACAUUGAGACAAAUCGGGUUACCUACCUCUCUGGUACUCCGUCUGUUAUCUCCAUGUAUGAAUUCAGCCGUUUUAGAAACCAUUUGCGACGGAUCGACUGUGUUGGAGAAGCUUUCAGUGAGCCAGUGUUUGACAAAAUCCGUGAAAGCUUCCCUGGGUUGAUCAUCAAUGGCUACGGUCCCACUGAGGUUUCCAUCACAACUCACAAGCGGCUGUACCCAUUUCCAGAGAGACGCACCGACAAGAGCAUUGGCAAACAAGUAGCCAAUAGCACCAGUUAUGUCCUCAAUGACGACAUGAAGCGUGUCCCGAUAGGUGCUGUUGGAGAACUCUACUUGGGUGGCGAUGGUGUAGCUCGUGGAUACCACAAUCGGGCUGAUCUUACUGCGGAACGAUUCCCUCCCAAUCCUUUCCAAACGGAGCAAGAAAAAAUCGAGGGAAGGAAUGCACGUCUCUACAAAACAGGUGAUUUGGUUAGGUGGAUCGAGUCUGCUGAUGGUGAAGUGGAAUAUCUGGGACGAAACGAUUUCCAAGUUAAGAUUCGAGGGCAGCGGAUCGAACUAGGAGAGAUUGAAGCCAUACUAUGUUCAUAUCCUGAGAUUGAACAGUCUAUUGUUCUCGCAAAGGAGAGACCAUCCGAUGGUCAGAAGUACCUCAUUGGAUAUUAUGUUUCUUCCGGUCUCCUUUCACCGCAAGCAAUCCGGCGGUUUUUGCAGAGUAGGCUACCUACCUACAUGGUGCCUUCUCGAUUGAUGGCAAUGGACAAAUUUCCAGUUACCGUGAGCGGUAAGCUUGAUUCUAAAGCUCUACCUGUACCUGAGGAUACCGCCGAAGACGAAGUGGUACCUCCUCGUACCGAGAUUGAGAAAAUUCUCGCGAAGAUCUGGGCCGGGCUUCUGGAUAUUCCUGUGGAAAGCAUUAGCAUCUAUAGCGACUUCUUUGGCUUGGGCGGAGAUAGUUUACGAAGCACUAAGUUAUCUUUUGCAGCUAUGAAGGCACUUGGUGUGUCUGUUACUGUCAAUCAUUUGUUCAAGUAUCCGACGAUCGAGGCAUUCGCUCGUUGGAUUGCGGCCGGCGCGACCGAAGUUCGGAAUCUUGCGCCAUUAGCAAAGGAGGCAUUGGUAUAUAUCCCAGUAUCUCCUGCUCAGGAAAGACUUUUGUUUCUCCAAAACUUUGCUCAAGAUGGCAACGCGUACAAUAUCUCGUUUCUUCAGGAGCUUGACACCACCGUGUGCUUAACAUCGCUCGAAAAUGCUGUUAAAGCUGUCGUGGGGCGACACGAGAGUCUCCGAACGGUUCUUGUUCGUCCCCAUGAUAGCUCUAAAUUUCAGCAGAAGAUAUUGAGUGAAGAUGACGCUCGGAAUCUUCUCUUAGUGGACAUCCUACAGCCUGGCUCUGAAGACGAUAUGCAGCUGCAAAUGGCCAAGGCUGUUGAGCAGGUCUUUUGUUUGGAGUCUGAGCCACCAUUCAAGAUGACCAUCUAUCGACUAGCACAUAGCAAGAAAACUUACUGCAGUUUUGUUUUCCACCAUAUCGCAUUUGACGCAUGGUCUUGGGAGCUUUUCAGAAGAGAUUUGAUGGCGUACUACGACAAGUUCAUCAACCACCAGAGCGUAACUACUCUGCCAAUAUUGCCAGUACAGUACAAAGAAUAUGCGGUAGAGCACCGUCAAACUCUUUCAUCACGGCGUUAUGAGGUAUUGUCCGAAUUUUGGAAAGGCAAAUUGGAGGGCUUUACGCCUUUGUCGCUAGCUACGGAUAAGCCGAGACCGAGCAGAUUUGACUACAUUGGAAGUGACUUGCGCUUAUCUGUUGAUUCUGAUCUUGCGUCAAAACUACGAAACUUGGCGAAACAUGAAGGUGCGAGCUUAUACACAGUCAUGCUCGCAGCUUACUGCUACCUCCUGAGCGUGUAUACUAUGCAAGACACAAUUGCUAUAGGUGUUCCUGCUUCGCACCGAAGUCGUCUGGAAUAUGAAUCAGUGAUUGGGUUUUUCGUAAACUUGUUACCGCUGCAGGUUACGUUGGGCGAUGUGGAUGUGCGUGGUCUGAUCGCGUCAGUUCAAAGGCAGUUAGUUGAUGCGCAAAUUCACAUGGACAUGCCAUUCCAGGAUAUCGUCAAGUUGUCAGAGGAGAUACAUGACCCAAGUCGCCAUCCUCUAGUUCAGACGGUGUUCAAUUGGGAAACCGAAAGCGGCAACUCUCAAGGCGCAGACGAGGCUGGUUUACUCUGCGACUAUAGUCCGACCAUUGGCUUGGCUUCCGUGGCUAAAUUCGACUUGAAUGUCACAGUGGCAGAACAAGAAAAUGGUGCAAUGCAAGUCAACUUCAACUACGCCACGAGUUUGUUUGAAGAGUGCACUAUUCGGAGUUUUAUGCACAGCUAUCAACAGAUUCUUCAGCGGCUGGCAGACGUGGACGUUCGGUCCAGCAUUUCUGGCCUUUUACCAGCAACCGCUAUUACUUAUCAAGAUUAUCAUCAGCACUCUGAUACCCCCAAAGUGCCAUCUCUUGCCGCUCUAUUUGAGAAUCAAGUCAGUCUCAACUCUGAGCAAAUUGCUGUCGUCGGAGACAAGUGCAAAAUAUCAUAUGGCGACCUCAAUGCCAGGGCGAAUCAACUCGCGCACUGGAUACUCGCAAACAUAGCUGUCAAGAAAGAUGAUCCCAUUGCCCUUAUGUUGGGCAAGGGCAUUGACAUGAUAGUCAGUAUUCUUGCGGUUUGGAAAGCUGGAGCUGCUUACGUUCCCUUGGAUCCGGAUUAUCCUACUCAACGUACCAAGCAUAUCCUUGAACAAACAAAAGCAAAGCUACUAAUCACUUCGUCGAGCUACAAACCUAUAGCAGAAAUCGCCCACGACAUUCAGAUUCUCAUGAUUGACAAUCUUGAGACAUCAAACGCGGUCAAGAUGCAGCCGUCGACCAACCCUGCAUUGCCAACAGGCCCAACACCUGGCCUUGCGUACAUUAUCUUCACCUCUGGCACUACUGGAAAACCCAAAGGUGUGCUGGUUGAGCAACAAAGCGUUACCAAAUUCUGUGAAACUCUGGCUAGACGCUAUUUUGGCGCUACAAAUAGCCCACAAGCUAUCUUGUUUCUCUCUAAUUAUGUCUUCGAUUUCUCUAUUGAGCAAAUUGGUCUCUCUAUUCUCAGUGGCAACAAGCUUAUUAUUCCACCUGACGAAGGCAUAACUCACGAGAGCUUUUACGAGAUGGCAAAUAUGGAGAGGCUUUCCUAUCUCAGCGGAACUCCAUCUGUACUUCAACAGAUCCAACUCUCUCGACUUCAGCAUCUUCAAAUGAUCACCGCAGCUGGUGAGGAGUUCCAUUCCUCACAAUACGACAACAUCCGUGCGCAAUUUAAGGGACCGGUGAAUAACGCGUACGGUGUCACAGAAACAACAGUGUAUAAUCUGGUGACGGGAUUUCCCGCAGGCGCCGCAUUCAAUAAAGCUCUUUGUGAUGAACUACCUGGAAGCAGGGCCUAUGUGCUCAAUGAUAGAUUGCAGCACGUUCCGCUGUAUGCCGUCGGGGAACUAUACAUAGCUGGCGACUGUAUUGCACGUGGCUAUCUCAACCAAACUUCCUUGACCAUGGAGCGAUUUGUUGCCAAUCCUAUCGACACGAACGAGGCUUUCAGGACAAUGUACAAGACCGGAGACUUAGUCAGGUACUGUGGUCCUGGCAGGAUUGAAUACAUCGGGCGACGAGAUCAGCAAGUGAAACUCAGAGGAUUUCGCAUCGAAUUGUCCGAAGUUCAAGCCUGUUUAGCUUCCGUGCAAGGCGUGCGAGAAGCGGCUGUUGUACCACACUAUGAAGAAAGUAACCAGAAAUCGCGGACAGCAUCCAAACUCAUCGCUUACUAUACCCUUGGCGAUGGAUGUUCAAAAUCUACAUUAGAUGUUCACCAUGCCGUUGCUACAAAACUUCCGAAUUUCAUGAUCCCGAGCAAUUUUCACCAUGUUGAAGGGUCGCUUCCAGUUACUAUCAAUGGGAAACUAGAUGUCAAGCGACUAGCGACAUUGCAACAUCAACAAAAUACUGUCGCCUACACCGCGCCACGGAAUCUGCUUGAAGUCAAACUUUGCCAACUUUGGGCUUCCGCAGUCGGUAGUGGUUGCUGCGGCAUUGACGACGACUUGUUCAAGAUGGGUGGUGAUAGUCUUACAUCUCUACAGCUUGUCGGGGAUAUACAUCGCCAGCUAGGUAGAAAGGUCACAAUCAAGGACCUGUUCUUACAGCGCACGGUCAGGGCCAUUCAUGACAAUGUGUUUGCCAAAGAUCAAAACCUUGCGCUGUUACCCCGUCUCCGGGCCGACCAAGGCUUGGUGGAGGGUGAUGCGCCGAUGCUGCCAAUACAGAACUGGUUUCUGGUCAAGAAGCUGAAACAUCCUGCGUUCUGGAAUCACUGCUUUUCUAUUCGUACACCGCAGUUAGAUAUCGACAAGUUGAAACGGGCCGUGGGGAUGCUUCAAGAUCGUCAUGACGUUCUCAGGAUGCGGCUGCACAAGAGCAGUGGCCGCUAUAAACAAACAUUCCCAAUGGACUUCGAAAGGAUUGAGUUACAAGCACUGGAUUGGCAGUCUGAGUUUGACUUUGAGCAUGGCCCCUUAUUCUCCAUGGCAUAUCUCCACGGGUACGAAGACGGGUCAGCAAGGAUCUGGUGUUCUUUCCAUCACCUAAUCAUGGACUCUGUGAGCUGGAGCAUUAUCAAGUCGGACUUGCACGGGCUAUACCAUGGAAUGGAGCUUGGUAUGAAGAGCAGCAGUGUCCAACAGUGGGCGUUGGCGGUUCAACAGUAUACCAUGCCAUCUUCGGAAAGAAUAUACUGGAAGGAACAAAGAGCGAAAACGCUUCAAGGCGCGAAAGUCCCUCCACAAGAUUCCGACAUCGCCACAUACUGUGAAGAAAAGCUCUCUCAAAAGGAGACUAUAUCCCUUCUGCAACAUGCUUGCCCGCGCCUCGGUGUGGGAAUGCUGGAUGUUCUUUUGACUGCUGUGGGUUAUACGCUGCAGCAGGUCAAACCAGGCUCACCAAGCAUGGUAACCAUCGAAGGCCAUGGUCGUGAGGAAAGUGUUGAUCCUUCUCUGGACGUCAGUCGGACCAUCGGAUGGUUCACCAGCAUGUACCCGUUUGAGAUUCCACAAGUCAAUGACCUUGUUCAGGGCCCUCUUGACGUCAAACAAAGCUUGAAGAAAGUCCCUAAUAAAGGUAUCGGGUAUGGGCCAUGUUACGGCUAUCUACAGGACUCUUUACCCCCUAUCAGUGUCAACUAUUUAGGCCGCAUCGACCAAAGCCGAAAAGGUAGGGGAGAUUGGUACCUGGUUUUGGGUGAGACGGAACUUCGUCCUGGGUUGUAUACACAUCCAGAGGAUAGAGGUCGAAGCUCCUCCAUGGUUGACAUCACUUUUGCUGUGGCCAAUGAGCAACUGACAAUUGACAUGAGCAGCUGCUUAGAUGAGACUACCAACAACUCGAUGCUACGUACGAUAAAGGGCACGUUGCAGAGUGUCAUUGACGCCGCCAUGGCUGAAGACUUGCCAACUCAGACUGAUUUGGAUGUUGGACUGGUCUUCACGCCCUACUUUGCAUUCGAUGAUGGGGACAGGCAAGGUCCCUAUCUGUUCAUGCUGCCCCCUGGUGAAGGCGGAGCUGAAAGUUACUUUCACAAUGUCGUCCAAGGCCUACCAAAUCAGAGGUUGAUUGUAUUCAACAACCAUUAUCGAGAUUGCGGGACACUAUCGACAUUUGAGGGCUUGGCAGAGUACUAUAUCUCACAUAUUCGAGAAGUUCAACCUGAAGGGCCGUAUCAUAUGCUGGGUUGGAGCUUUGGUGGUAUCCUCGGUAUGGAAAUCGCCCAGCGCCUAGCAAAUGGCGGUGACAAAAUCGGUACCAUGGCACUUAUCGACCCAUACUUUGACAUUCCUUGGGUAACAAGGGAGAUUGGUGAAGAAAACAACCAGGUCCUCGACCAAAUCUACUACAAUUACAGACCAGAUCCUGCGGGCUUCCGUGCCGUAGAGAAGGCUACCGAUCAACUGGUAUUGUUCAAAGCUGGGAGUACAGAGGGUACAAGUGGUACUCCGACGCAGAGGCAAUUGUAUGAAUGGUAUGCCAAGUCUUCGAACAACAACCUGGAGAAUUACGUGAGUAGAUCUCGAAUCGAGUUCUUCCCUCUGCAGGGGACCCAUUUCACAUGGGUAAAUUAUUCCGAACAAGUACGGCGCAUGUGUCAGAUCGUCUCAGAAGGAUUGAACAAAAGAAAAAGCUGA